AUGGCCCAAACUACCGCCUCCGCCGGUGAGGGAACAGACAAUGGAAAUGUCCAAGAACCGAUAAGCCACGCGGUCCACGAGAGCGCAGGACUCCCGGCGCCGGACGAGCACAGCGACGACUUGCACUCAGCCGACUCCGACCUCGGACAGCUCGCGUCUGCGUCAGCCGACGGCACGGUGAAGAUCUGGGAUCCGGCGACACACCAGUGCAGCGCAACUCUCGAGGGCCACGGCGGAUCGGUCUUCUCCGUCGUCUGGUCGCCCGACGGAACCCAGCUUGCGUCGGGAUCGGCGGACAGGACCAUCAAGAUCUGGAAUCCGGCCACCGGCCAGUGUACAGCAACCCUGGAGAGCCAUGCAGGCUCGGUCUUGUCGGUGGCGUGGUCGCCCGAUGGAACCCAGCUUGCGUCGGCAUCGCGCGACGGGCCGAUUGAGAUCUGGGACCUAGCGACUGCCCAAAUGAUUCUCGAGGCCUUUAGAGAGUUAGUCUUGUCAGUAGCGUGGUCGCCCGAUGGAUACAAAUUUGCGUCAGGACCGGAUGACACGAUUAUAAAAAUCUGGGGUUGGGCCUGCACGAAUUCACUAACUCUCGAGGGCCAUACACGCUCAGUUGGGUCAGUAGCAUGGUCACCGGAUGGAGCUCGUCUCGCGUCAGGCUCAGAUGACCGGACUGUUAAGGUCUGGGAUCUCUGGGAUCUAGACCAUGGUCAGUGUACAGCGACGCUUUCGGGGCAUGACAAGUUCGUCCAGUCGGUAACCUGGUCGCCCAAUGGAGCCCGGCUAGCAUCGGGAUCGGACGAUGAAACUGUCAAGAUUUGGGAUCCUAUAACAAGCGAGUGUGUAGCGACGCUCGGAGGCCAUGAGGACACGGUCUACUCUGUGGCCUGGUCGCCCGGACCUGCUCGGUAA